AUGGAAAGCCCAUCUCCUUCCCGCUCACCGGAUCGGCCCACUUCGCCCGUGGCCACCGGGGAAAGCGAAAGUGAACCGACGGGAGGAAGCUGCUCGCGGUCCCCUUCGCCGCAACCCGGACAAAAGCAACCGAAAAAAGUGUCCUUUUCGGAUGAGUUGCCCCAGACUGGCCCGACGGCGUCUGGGGAGAAAAGUGCUCCGGUAGAAAGUGAAAGUGGCCGUCCCCACGAGGAAAAUCCGUUCGUGUUCGUUCUGCGUCAGAACGACAGCUACCUGGAGCAUUUACACAGCUCCGGCCGGUCACCGUCGGAUGCGGUCGCGUUUCCAAACACGCGUCGUACUUCGUUGCAUUCGAACGAAAGUGAAACUCCUUCGACGGGUGCUUGCAGCUCCAACGGAAGUACAGCGUCAGCUGCUAGCGUUGUGCAGCCGGAAAAAAGCCCUCCGGAACCGUUUGAUCCGAUCGCGGCCGGUCUUGUGAAUGGGCUAGGUGGACACGAGCAACCGACGCCAGGGGCCACCGAGCCCCGGAAACCGUCCGUCAGCGCGAUGGAGCUCGAGGUACGCCGAGAUAAACGCCGCUGGCUGCUGAUUUCCGAGCUGAGUGCGAUUCUCGGUGAAGACAAGCACUCCGUGGAUGGUUUCAAGCGCAUCUUCAGGGAACAGACGUUUCUGCAGAAUCUCUUCCGACUGUUCGACAUGGACAACGAGAACUUCCUGGUGCAAGACAAAUGGAUCGAACAUCUUAAAGGGCGCCUGACCGACGAGAAGCAGAUCGACUUCGCGGAGCAACUGGAAUCGGUGGCGUACGUGCUGUGCGGUGACGGAACAGUAACCUACGACAAAUUUUGCCAAAUAUGGCAUGCCAAAGGGAUUCUCGAUAAGCUGUAUCGAUUAAUCGACGUCGACUCGACCAACCAGAUAUCGACCAAUCAAAUAAUGGAGUUCAUCUCGAACCUCACGAAUGCACGACCACGAACCGGCUUCGACAAAUCGUCCCUCGAGCGGCUGGAGCAGUUGUUCAUCAAGACGGUCGGCAAUGAGAAAGAGAUCCGCCGGGAGGAGUUUAAGAAAAUUGUUACCUCCAAAAACCCCUUCUUCACCGAACGUGUGUUCCAGAUCUUCGACAAGGACAACUCCGGUUCCAUCUCCUUGCAGGAAUUCAUCGAUGCCAUCCACCAGUUCGCCGGCCAGUCGCCAGAGGACAAAAUUAAGUUCCUCUUCAAAGUGUAUGAUUUGGACGGUGAUGGACUGAUUCAACACCGCGAGCUGCAACACGUCAUGCGGGCGUGCAUGGAGGAAAACGGAAUGCGCUUCUCGGAAGAUCAGAUCGAGGAUCUUACCAUGGCCAUGUUCGAGGACGCCGAUAAGUAUAAUCGCGGAGCUAUCACCUACGAAGCGCUAAAGAACCAGCUUGAGAAGCACGGCGGCUUGCUGGAAAACCUCAGCAUCAGCAUCGAUCGGUGGCUGGUUCCGCUGCCGCAGGAAGACUCGAAAAAGAAGCGCAAGAAACAGCCACUGCCUCACCAGCUGACGGCUCCGUAUAUCAAGAACAAUUACGUUUAUCUGUCUUUCCUCACCAUCUUUACGGUUAUCAACAUCGGGCUGUUCGUUUCGCGCGCUAUCCAGUACCGGCAUUACAAUAGUUUCGUCAUAUUGGCACGAGCCUGCGGACAAUGCCUCAACUUCAACUGUGCCUUCAUCCUGGUGCUGAUGCUGCGCCAGUGCAUCACUUUCCUGCGGACGCGUGGUUUCACCGCAUUCCUGCCACUCGAUCAGCACAUUUACCUGCACAAGCUGACCGGAAUGCUAGUAGCCAUCUUCAGCCUUGUCCACACCAUCAUGCACCUGUUCAACUUCACCACGAUCGUCGUGAACGAUCCAGUGCUCAACGCCAACAACUACACCACAGCAGAGUGGCUAUUCACGGCCCGGCCCGGCAUGUUCGGGCUGAUUGGAGGCUGCGCCAAUCCGACCGGCGUCGUCCUGGUGCUGAUCCUGCUGAUCAUGUUCAUCUGCUCGCAGCCGUUCGUGCGACGCGGUGGCAGCUUCGAAGUAUUCUACUGGACGCAUUUACUGUACGUGCCGUUUUGGAUCCUGGUGCUAUUCCACGGGCCCAACUUCUGGAAGUGGUUCAUCGUACCGGGAUUGAUCUAUCUGAUCGAACGCACGAUAAGAUUAGUCUGGAUGCGCACGGAGCACGGCAAGACGUACAUCUCAUCCGGGCUACUGCUCCCAUCCAAGGUGACACACCUCGUGAUCAAGCGGCCACUGCACUUCUGCUUCCGGCCGGGAGACUACGUCUUCGUCAACAUCCCAGCGAUCGCACAGUACGAGUGGCAUCCGUUCACGUUGAGCAGCGCACCCGAACAGGAGGACUACAUCUGGUUGCAUAUCCGCGGUGUUGGCGAGUGGACGAAUCGACUGCACAACUUCUUCGAGCGCGAACAGGAGCGGCUACACAAUGGCGAAAUUCCGGCUAUCGUUGCUGGCAGUUCGGGAUCGGCGCCAUCGACACCCGCCAUUACUUCCGGUGGCAGUUCGGUUGAUCUCGUCCAGGAGAAGCUGAAAUCACCCACUACGGGUGCGAUCCACAAGAGCUCCAGCUUCGAGUCGGCGCUUGACAAAGCGAAACCGAUGCCAGCAGGAGGACCGACAAUCCGGAACGCCGACGUAAACCCUCCGCCGGUCGGUAUCAUGAAACCACGGCAUCCUCCUGGCACGUCGAAGCUGGCCAUGGAAGGAUACAGUGCGGCAUCGUCGGUUGCUCCGGCUACGGCUGGACAACCGAAGUUUGAGCGACAGAUGUCGGAGAACAGAGCGUUCAAGAAGAUACAGGCCACGUUGCAGCGAACUUUCUCCCGACGCGAUCAGUUGAUACCACGAUCGAGUGGUCCCGGUGGUAUCGGAGGAAUCGCGAACGAUGGCUUCACCGGAGACGGACCGGAUGGGACUGGGUCUGAUGGAUCGGUGGCUGGGUCUGAGAUGAAGGAUACCAAACGUAAGGUUACGCCGGAACCGAGUCUGCACAAGCUAAUAUUCCAGCAAAAAGUUCCACUGGAGAAGUCCCUCUCGAUGCCGGACAUGCAGAACAAGUUCAAGAAGCGUGAGCGUAUGAUGGUGCUACGCGAGUACAUGCGCUCGGAAUCGGAGCGGUCCUUCGACGAGGUGCAAAUCCGCAAGGCGCGCUUGCAAUCUCUAGGCUUGGCGUACUUGAGUCCGCAAAACAAAUCGCUCGCACAGAGCUUCCGGUACAUGCGCAACAAACCGACGAUCAUCGCGUUCAAAACGCCGAGCCUGGAAAACUGCGAGCCACGUGACUCCACCAACUCGAUCGUCGUCUCGCCCGGCGUGUUUACGCAAAAGGACGCCGAAGAGGGUCGUACGAACAGCGGUACGGGUUCGGUGGCGGGUGUGAACGCAGGAGCUGUGGUUGCAGUGGGAACAGGUUCUGCUCAAGACACUACCGGACCACCCGGCAGCAACCGACCCGUCAAUUAUCCCGUUGGCAAGCCGCUAGAGAUUUACAUCGAUGGUCCUUAUGGCGCUCCAUCGAGCCACAUCUUCCAGGCACAACACGCUAUCCUGAUCGCCACCGGUAUUGGAGUAACGCCGUUCGCCUCGAUCCUGCAGUCGAUCAUGCACCGCUACUGGAAGGCACGACACUGCUGCCCGCGCUGUACGUACGAGUGGUCGAGCGAAAUUCCACCGACGAUCAUGAACCUGCGGAAGGUGGACUUCUUUUGGAUCAAUCGGGAUCAGCGAUCGUUCGAAUGGUUCGUCAACUUGCUGUCACAGCUCGAGAUUGAGCAAGCAGAACUGGGUGGCGCAAUGGAACGAUUCCUAGAGAUGCACAUGUACAUCACAAGCGCACUGCAGAAAACGGAUAUGAAGGCGGUCGGGUUGCAGUUGGCUCUAGAUCUGCUGCACGAAAAGGAAAAGCGCGAUCUGAUCACUGGCCUGAAGACGCGCACCAACGCCGGGCGACCGAAUUGGGACAAGGUGUUCAAACAGAUCCAGGAUCAGAAAAAGGGCAAAGUGACGGUGUUCUACUGCGGUCCGCCACAGCUCGCCAAAACGCUACGUUACAAGUGCGACCAGUUCGGGUUUCAGUUCCGCAAAGAGGUUUUCUAA